AUGACCGUCGACAUGUGCCAGGAGGAAGACAAGGGAGCGCAAUUGGCGGAACUCUUGGACGACGUCCUCAAGGAGAAGACAGACAGAGCCGUGGGGUUCGCUGACACGAAGUGGAAGGUCGAUGACAUUGCGUGCAAUCUGCGGACGGGUGGCUGGCCCGCCAUCGGCCUUCACGGUAAGAAGGUGAAAAAGGAGCGCGACUGGGCCUUGUCCAUGUUUAGCAGCGGUGCCGAAAGCGUGCUCGUGACGACCGACAUGGUGGUUCAAGACUUCGCCUUGCCGCACGUGCGACUGGUGGUGAACUACGGCUGCCCGGACUUCUCGAAAACGUACGCACACAGGUUGAAACACACGCAGCGCUCCGAGGGGUCGAGUGUAGUGCACACGUUUCUUGUUCCCAGCCAACAUUUGCAGGCCAAGACCCUGAUAGAAAUUCUGGAAGAUGCGAAGCAGUCGGCGAAACGGGACUCAGACCGGUGGUCGCGUGGUGACUGGGAUGACGGCGGCCCCCACAAGCAGCUCUUUGUAGAAUAG